UGUCCCCGAGCUUUGGAACACUACUACCUGCAACUGAAGGAUAACUUUCUUGACCAAUGGGCUAGUCGCCACAGUGUUUCCGAAGAGCGAUGUUGGGAGAUGGCUGCGUUGGCUCUGAAAGCCGAGCAGUAUUUUCCCAUAUGGGUGAUCGAUGUCCGCGGACUGGAGUAUGUACGGAAGUACAUGCCAGCUGCAUCAGAAGACCUGAAGGACAUGAGCCGAGUUGAGGCCAUGAUGAAGUUCGCCUUCGAAGCCAGUCGAUCGCCAUUCGCCCUGAAUUGCCAUCUGUACGGUCUGCGACGGCAUAAAAUGGACACUGUUGAUAACGCCGUUCUUGGAAUCAAUGCCAAAGGAAUCGAGAUGUGUGACAUUGGCGACGAUGGCGAACGCAUCCCGUUGCGGUCGUUGGCGUGGAACCGAGUAACGAGGCUUUCAUUCGAUCGGAAAAAGCUCACUAUUGUCGGUGCUGACACCACCAAAAUGUGCCUGUACGCUCAGAGUGAAAGCAAAGCUAGCUGUGUCCGAGCAGUACAUCAGACACUGCUGGUGCUAUCACAUCAGAAUGGUAAGAUCGCUCCGCUUCCACAGCUGUUCCAAGAGAAAAGCGUCGAUCGGGUCUCCACGUCGUCAACCAACACCACCGUGCCCAAUAACUGCGAUAUCGAAAAAGACUCAGAUUCUUUGCUACGCGACUCGCUGAGCAGCUCCGGUGAUCGAGGUCAAGGGUCGGUCUCUUCAAAACAACGAGUUCGCAUAAAACUCGACUCAAAUCUCGACCUGAAGAUCGAAAAAAUGGAGCUUGAGCAUAUCCGACAGGAACGUGCCGCCAGUCAGUCGAGCAAGACAAGCGACACUAGCGACCAGGUGGAACGGAAGUCUGACUUCUGUGGGAAGCCGAUUCUGGAGAAGCACCACAUGACUUCAUCACACAUCCUACCGCGGAUGCAACAAAUCAUUGUGGAUUCUGCAUCUCAAACGGUAGAAACGAGCACACGAUGCGCACCGGUGGACGUCAAUUUCAACCUGAAAUCCGCUAUCAAUGCCACUGAUCUUGACAUCCUCGAAGCCUACGGUAUACCGUAUCAGGGAGAGAUCCAAUACGCGUCCUCCGGUGGUUCGCGAAGCGAUUCCGUCCAGCACUCUAAUGAAAUGCUACCAGAAACGAUGCUCCAUGGCUGUCAUCACGAACAGGGUUGUGCUCGGUCAGAAGAUGCUGAUUCGACGCUACGAUCAACUUUCCCUCAGCAGUCGUCCGUGUCUCUUCACGAUUUACGAACGGCUGGCAUCAAGCCGCCUCCAGGAUACAUUGACGAACGCACCGACAACGAUGGCAACGUUGUCGUGAUGCCAUCUUUGCAAUGGAGUACCACCGACCAUCAGAUGCAGAGAUUGAGUGCAUCCGGCCAGGCAAGGAGUGAACCCAAGAUCGAUUCUGAUUUGUGGGGCCACCCUUCUGUAGCCGUGGCGCUACUGGACAGUCAAAUCACAGCCAAUGGUGGCCGUCUGUUCACCAAGAAAUCCGCUAAUGGCGUCAUCAACAGGGUCCAUUCCAUGCCGGCUCAUUACCACGUUGUCAACGGAUAUCAUAGA